AUGAUAUACACCAUCAGAGAAAUAAACAAGCGCACACCAAGGGUUCUACCUGACUUCACCCUAGGAUAUGACAUCUAUGACACUUGUGGAGAUGUCAACUUUGCCAUCAGAGCAACGCUCCAGCUGCUGAAGAACCAAUCAGACCCCCAGAGGUGUUUAAUACCUGCAAGCUUUCAAUCUGCUUUACCUGAACCCCAAACAAAGGCAGUGAUUGGUGAAAGAUAUUCUGAAGUAUCAAUAGCUAUUGCACGAGUUAUUGCUCUGUCAUCAGUGACCCAGAUUAGUUAUGCAUCAACAAGUGAACACCUCAGCAGGAAGUGGAAGUUUCCCACUUUUCUGCGAACAAUAUCUAGUGAUGAGCAUCAGACACGGGCCAUUGCUGAGCUGGUGUGCAAGUUUAAUUGGAAAUCCGUGGCCAUUGUAGCAAGUGAUGAUGAGUACGGGAAGUAUGGCAGUGAUAACCUUGUGUACAUCUUCCGUGAAAAAAAGAAUAUCUGCAUUGAAUUCAUUGACAUCCUACCUGGUAACUUUUACGAAGACCUUACGAAGGUGAAUGAGCUGGUGAGCAAAAUUAAUAGAUCCUCUGCCGAGGCCAUCAUCAUGUUCACCAAAGACACCAAUGUACGUCCCAUCAUGCAAGAAGCCAUUAAUCAGACAUUCAACAGGACUUGGAUUGCAAGUGAUUCAUGGUCCACCUCUACAAAAGUUUCCCAACUGGAAGGCAUUGAGAAGGCCGGGGAGGUUUUUGGAUUCAUCUCUAAGAUGAACGAGGUGCCUAGCUUCAAAGACUAUGUCAUGUCAACGUUCAAUGGAACCACUAACGCCAUUCUCGAACAUUACCUGACCCAUUAUCCACUUUGUUCUAAUCGGCCUGAUGAGAACAUAAGUGCCUGUUUUACCACAAACAGCCAACCCGGGUCCGGGCAAUGUCAGGACAUAAGAUGUGUGGCCGAUAACAUUGACCAGGAUGAAUUAUACAAUGUUUACCUAGCUGUUCAAGUCAUUGUUGAGGGUCUCAGACACUUGCUGAAGUGUGACAACCAGCAGUGUAAACAUAGCGGCAAAUUUACAGCCCUGGAGGUGACUGUUUACAACUGCUCCAAAACGUGUGCACCAGGGCAGGAGUUGAAAAUGCAAAGCAAAAAGUGCUGCAAAGAUUGUGUUCCAUGUGCAGACGGGGAGUUUUCUGCUGGAAAUGGUGAGGAGUGUCAACGCUGCAGUCAAGCUGAGUUUUCAUCUCCACAGAGGGAUAAGUGUUUGAACAAAACAGUUGAAUUCCUACAGUGGGAAGAUCCCUUUGUUAUCAUUUUGAGUUGCUUGGGAGUCUUUGGGAUAAUUGCUACCUUUGUGUUCGCUAUUUUGUUUACAAUGUAUCAUAGCACUCCCAUUGUGAAGGCUGUUGGAGGCUACUUGUGUUUCUUGGAGCUUUUUUCCUUGCUCGCCUGCUUCUGUGUUAUCUUUACCUUCACAGGAAAGCCCACUAGGGUUACCUGCAUGUUAGGCCUGCCUGUUUUUGGCCUAGGCCAGUCCCUCUGUAUGGCCUGCAUUCUGGCCAACCUCUUCCAAAUCUUAGUGGGCUUCAACUUUGAUCCUAAGAUAGGGUCCUGGAUGAAGAAGCUCAAUCGGCCGGUGGCUGUGGUGACCAUAGUCUUUGGGGUCCAGUUGGCCAUUUGUGUAUCAUGGCUGCACUUUAAUCCCCCAUUUCCUGAUAACGAGACAUUAAACAAGGCCAUCAUGUUGCAGUGUGACAAAGGCAAUGACAAGUUCUUCAUAGCCAUGUUAGGCUACAAUGGUUUCUUGGCCGUCAGCUGUUUACUGUUUGCAUUCAAAGGUAACAAGUUGCCAGAUUUGUAUAAAAAUGCACGUUUAAUCACCACCAGUAUGAUGCUGUUUUUAAUCAUUUGGAUCCUCUUAAUCCCGAUUUAUAUCAGUUUGAUUGGGAAGUACAAACGCGGCAUUGAAGGUGCAGCCAUUCUAAUUUCUAGCUACAGCAUCCUCUGCUGUCACUUGGCCCCAAAGUGUUACAUCAUGGUGUUCAAGAAAGAGAUUAAUAAUCAGAACGCCAUCACCGAAAACAUCAGGAAGCAUUAUGAGCAGAAAAACAUGGCUGUGAUCAAAUCAUGA